AUGCCACGAUGCCUGCCUUAUUCAUCAACGAGAAUUCCAGCAUCUCCUAACUACUGCAAUAGACAAAUACAAAGAAGUACACAAUGCAAUAGUAAUAAACAAGAAAAACAAAGACCAAAUUUUCGAGAUGCUAAGGAGAAA